GGAAUGUAAUUCAUUACCGAUAAUUGGAAAGACGAUCGGUGUAAUAGUAUAUACUCUCUUAGCAAAGUAAUGUCAGAUAAGGUGUUUAGCUAAAAUAAGCAUUUCUUAAAUUAUCUUUCGUUGGGAAUGUGGACUUUAUUUAGACGUUUGUGAGCAUAUGCUUAAAAGCCUACUACGAUUGACAAGAGACAUGGAGAACAUUUCAGCCUACGAAAACGGCCCUGGUCUUGAUCAACAUAGCAACCACAACGACACCGAUCCCACGUUCGACGACGACUCCUACUCCUUCGACGACUACUAUCACGAACACGUGUACAGCAUAUUCGACUUUGAGAUUGUGAUCUACGGUUAUAUCUGGCCAGUCUUGGUCAUUUUUACGUGUCUAUGCAAUUGUCUUGUGAUCGUUGGAUUCUUACGAAAGAAUAUGCGAACUUCGACUAAUAUAAUUUUGGUUUUAAUCGCAAUAUCCGACUCCCUUACCGGACUGGUGACCCUCCCAGCGACGUUCUAUGUGUACUCAAGUGAACAGAUGUUACUUUCUAAAGACUGGUGCAAUGCUACCAUGAUAACCAGGUUGUACAUUGCACGUGCAUUUCACACCAUUUCCGUCUGGGAAACCGUUCUCCUUGGGUUUCAAAGGUUCUUGCAUGUACGACACCCUGCUGUUGCUAACCGUUGGUGCACGAUGAAGAAAACGAUCGGCAUUGUUGCUGUUAUGUACGUCCUGUCCUUUCUAUUGCACAUGUACCAUGCUUUUGACAUUAAGACUAGUGAUGGGUUUUGCCACUGGGAACUCAAAGAGCCAUGCGGAUGGGGCUGUGCUUAUAUAUGGGCCUCGUUUAUCCUCGGUCACGCAAUUCCCUGCGUGGCAUUGGUGGCGUUCACGACACUGAUGUUGCGAUCAGUGAGCCAGAGACCUGGUAGCAAAAGUGUUGACAACAACGUUAGGCGACGAAGAGAGCAAAACAGAAACAUGACCAUCGCUGUUCUACUGAUAGUCGUCAUAUUUCUUAUACCGGAGCUGCCUUAUGGUCUCUUCUACUUGUUGACGAUGAUACUGAUACAUAGCGGGCAGAAAAUACUACCUCUGAGGACCAACAGAAUAAUCCACGCCACGUAUGAGCUGGCCUUGGUGCUUAGCUUUCAUCUGAAUUUCUGGGUAUACUGUGUGAUGAUUCGAAGCUUCCGUUCUGGCAUUAAAACUCUUUUUAAGAUGGCACGGUGCAAGGAAGGCACAUUUUCAGAACUUGAGCACGAGCACACGUCAUCUCAGAACAUGAGUUAUGAACUUGUUGGUGUCUCAGAGAGACAGGCUGAAGACGUUGAAAUGUGAAAAUAUGUUAAUGUUACUCAACGAUAUAAACAGCAUACUCCUUUUACAAAAAGUCUUAGAGUAAGGUCUUAUUUAGAACAUAUUUAUUAUUGGAAAUCUGUUUCAAUUGUAACGCUAAAAUCAGUUUAAAUAUGACAUAAAACAUGAGUUGUCAGUUUCAAAUAAUCAAAAAUAAUUAGUAACGUAAAUUGUGCACAAAACAUUUAAUAUCCAUUUAUAUGGUAUUUUAUAUGACCUCGUAAAGAAUACUUGUUUUUCAUUACCUUAGGCGGGUGAAAGGCCUACGGUUUAUUUUGUAUAAUUUGCUUAUUGCAUGAAGCGUUAAUAGCGUAAAUUGUGCAGGAAAUGUGUAAUAUCCACUUGUAUGGUAGUGUAUAUUACCUUGGACAGAACACUCGUUUUUAUCAUCUCAUCCAGGUGAUAGGCCGACUGCGUAUUUUCAAUUAUAGGCGGGUAGAUUUUCAUACUUAAUUUAGUGACGUUAAAUGAUGUCGCGAAUGUAGGCACGACGACGUUAUAUAAAACAGACGCGCACACAUCUCUCCUGUUUAUCCGGUUGCUCAAAACUUUAAAUAAUAGUUAAGGUUACAGUCUGUUUACUUCAGAUCAAAAUAAAAUUAAGUGACCAAGCAAAGUUAUUAUCAAACAUGUUUAAACUAUUCGGGAAAACACAUUUGUUUAAAACGAAGAACACAAUAUUAAAGGCAAGCAAUUCAUUACUUUAUCCCGAAAUUAAUGACUAUGAGCUCAAAUGGCCGCGAAAGUUUUGAGCAACCAGGCUCAUAUUCUGGCUGUCAUUCUCUUUGUCGCUUUUUCAAUUUAAUAAUAAAUAUACCGAUAGCGCUACUAAGCAUAUAAUAACACAACAAUAAAAAAUAAUGGUCAUAAUCAGCAUACUUGCGGCAUAGGAAGCCUUGGGGACAUUCCACUAUAAAACGAUUUUUGCCUAUAUAUCAACAACAGCUACACUGAUAUCACUUUCGGCUAAAAUUAUCAAACCUUUGACGACAAUUACCAGAAAAUGUGAACAGCAUAUUCGACUUUGAGAAUGCGAUCUAAUGAUACAUUGUCUGAAGUUAUUUAUAUGUUUUUUGUCACAAGUAGGCGGCUUAUACAACAUUUGAUAAACCUACUAAUAAACCAAUAACAAACACCAUUAUGUGUAAUCAUAAUAUCGGCUUGGAAUAAACAUGACAUACUUUCAAAAGAAAUACAGAAAACAUUAGGAAGAUCGUCGUAAUAGUCAGUUAUAAACAGCAAAUAAAUUUAAACUUCUUAAAAUGGAAAAACAUUUACCGUUCAGCAAUUCUUGAGCGGUUUUCGCAAAAGGCACGAUACAAUGAGGAGGGCCGAUACAAUGAGAAUCAGGGCAAACGCCUGUUUGUGCUUCCUUACGAAAGCAUAUGCGAACUUCUUCUGAUAUCAUUUUGGUUUCAUCGCACUUUUGAUUCAAUACCUACACAUCUAGAGUCCCAAUUGUGCGUUAUUCGACAAUAAACAAUGAUAGAAAAUCAUGGUAUAUAACAAGGCUCACAAAACUCUAUCAAAUAUAAUAUAAUAACGCGGAUUUUUUUUUCAAGUGGCAUAGAUUAUAGUGAAAUACACGUCAUUUGUAUUCCGUUAGAUUUUAUGAAACUUGUGCAUGUACUAAAUUAUUUUCAGUGGACAAAUACUGUAUAUUUAGAUACCACUGAUAAAUAUGAUUCAAAAGAAAGUAUUGUCCUAUUUUUGUUGUUGGUCUUCAGUAUUUUAUCUCUUGCUGAUCUAUUUAAAAGUUUUACUGAACAUGAUACUAUAGUUAAUAGUUAUUUUUGUGUAACUCUUAAUGCGUAUGCGAAUUUUAAUUUGAAAGUGUCUGCCUAGUGACCUCUAGUAAUGAGUGCCUUGUGUUUGACUGUAUAAAAAUCGCAAUUAAAUGUAUAAACUAUCAUUUACCGUUUUUUCUUAGUAUUGUCGAACAUCCAUUAGAUGUCGAAUAGAUUUUGUUAUCAUAUUAGUUUGUUAAGUCAUGUUUAAACACAUAUUUUUGAAU